GGAUUUUUCUUAAAAACUCUGAGACACACACAGCAAAGAGAAACAGAGUGAAGAAGAUAAAGCAAAAAAACAAUGGCAACCAUUAAUUCAACGGUCACGAUUCUCUCUCCCAACUCGAUCCCAAAGAUCAUCAACUCGAAACUCGGAGUUAGUGUUUCUGAUCAGACCGCCGGUUUCUCUCCCAACGUUGUGAAAUGUGUGAGUUCCUCCUCUUGCCGGAGAUUGAAGCUAGCGAAGCUGGUCUCUGCGGCUGGACUGUCGCAGAUCGAACCAGAUAUCAACGAAGAUCCCAUUGGUCAGUUCGAGCUUAACAGUAUUGAAAUGGAGGAUUUCAAGUAUGGUUAUUACGAUGGAGCUCACACUUAUUACGAAGGAGAAGUUGAAAAGGGAACGUUUUGGGGAGCAAUUGCAGAUGAUAUUGCUGCUGUGGAUCCUCCAUCUGGGUUUCAAGGUUUAAUCUCUUGGUUGUUUCUUCCUGCUAUUGCGGCUGGGAUGUAUUUUGAUGCUCCGGGUGAGUACUUGUUCAUAGGUGCGGGUUUGUUUACCAUAGUGUUCUGUAUAAUAGAGAUGGAUAAACCAGACAUGCCCCACAACUUCGAACCUCAGAUUUACAAAAUGGAGAGAGGAGCUCGUGACAAGCUCAUUAAUGACUACAACACUAUGAGCAUUUGGGACUUUAAUGACAAGUAUGGUGAUAUCUGGGAUUUCACGGUCGAGAAGAAUGAUAUCGCCACAAGAUAAGAUGUUGAUUCUUACCAAAAAAAUGAUGAUGAUAUUUGAUGAAAACUGUUUAUAAAUGAUGAAUGAAACGUGUUACCAUGUGUAUAAUGUAUUCUUCAUGUGCUUCAUUAGUCUCUUCAAACCUUCCUAGAAUGUUAUAGGAUUCUGUUUCUUUGUUCAAAAAGUUCACUACAGUCUUC